AUGCCGCCCCCCUCCUCCACCGCAGACAAAGGGGCCUUUGUUCCCCUCAAGGACACCCAGGACGGCUACUCCCUGCUCUACCCCUUUGGCUGGCAGGAGGUGACGGUGCGCGGCCAGGACCAGGUGUUCAAGGACGUCAUCGAGCCCCUGGAAAGCGUGGCGGUGGCUGUGGUGCCCACAGACAAGCAGACGGUGAGCGACUUUGGCAGCCCCGCCGAGGUGGCCGUCACCCUGGCCGACCGAGUGCUGAGCGCCCCUGGCCAGGAGGUGCGCCUGAUCAAGGCCGAGAAGUCCACGCGGGAUGAGCGGGAGUACUACAGGUUCGAGUUCGUGGCCAAGGGAAAGACGUUCCAGCGACAUGCGCUGGUGGCGGUUGCCGUCGGGAAUGGGAACUUUUACACGCUGGUCACCGGCUCCAAUGAGCGACGAUGGAACAAGAUGCAGGAUAAACUCAACACCAUCAUCGACUCGUUCACGGUGGGGAACAGCUACGUGGCUGAGACCUGA